AACUGCUAUUUUAAACAUAAAAUGAUUAACACAAACAAAGUCAGCACCAAUCACAUCAGCGUGACAUCAAUGGUCUUCAAAACGUAUAUUAUUUUUGCUUUACUGGCCGUGACACUGCACAAAGGAGGUGCUAGUAAUGGAGACAAAUACUGUGGGAAAGAUGUCUGCCCAGAGGGACUACGAAACAUUGGAUGCGGUUGUGAUAGUUCAUCCUAUGGGGUCCGAUGUGCUGGCAGAAACGCCCGUAAAAUCAAAAUCGACGGCAAACUGAAAGCGCUAGUCAUAGAGAAGCACAAUAUGUGGAGAGACAUGUUAGCUUGUGGUUCGGUGAAACCACAUCCACCCGCUGCCAGAAUGACUGAAGUGACGUGGGACGAUGAACUGGAGUACUUAGCCGAAUGCAAUACAAAAAGAUGCGUCUACGGCCAUGAUCAGUGUCGCAGCACAAGUGAAUUUCCGUUUGCCGGGCAAAACAUCGCUUCCAAGUUGCUUUGUGGAAGGACAAUAUUGAAACCAGAAGAGAUGAUUGUUCUCAGCGUGGAUAUAUGGUUUCAGGAACACAAGAACACCACGCCGAGUAUGACUGACCGUUAUCCCGGAAAAUUACCAGGGGGUCCUAUUGGCCAUUUUACGGUAAUGGUUAAUGACAUCGUCCGGCGCAUCGGAUGCAGUUUCAUCGUGUACGAGGAACAAGGGAAACGUAAGAACCAAAAUUGUCAUAAGUACUAUUUGGUAUGUAAUUACUCCUACAGUAAUUUCGUGGGAGAAAAAACCUACACCAAAACCCAGGAACCGGCCAAGGAGUGCUUUUUUCGUUCCGAUCAGUACUCGUGUUUAUGCGGCAGCAACCAACCCUCCAACCCCGAAUAAAUUUAGAUCAGGCUUAUCAAACAACCCUUUCGAUAACGGCGAUGACGAUAAAUGGCUAUCACCACGUUAAUCGUUAAAAAUAUCAAAAUGGAAAUAAAGCACACUGUGGGGAAGUGAAAAGAAUUAUGUUUCAUUCAAACGGAAACCAACCUAGAACAAUGCACAUUGUG